AUGCUGUUAUUCAUAGGCAACACCUCCCAGUACGCGUGGGGGACGGUGGACCCCGAGAAGAUUAAGCAGGCCCAGCUCCAGUUCGAGGCGACCGCCGCCACCUUCAACAAGGUGUUGAGCACGUGUGCCGCCAAGUGCAUCAACCACGAGUACGGCGAAGGCGACCUCGCCAAGGGCGAGAUGUCGUGUGUCGACCGCUGUGUCGCCAAGUACGUCCACGCCAACCGCAUGAUCGGCGAGAACUUUACCAAAAAGAACCUCAACCCUUACUUUAACAUGGGCGGCUACGAAAAGGCCCGGCUGAUGAUGAACCACGAACCAUAA